GUAGAUUAAAAGAAUCAAUGGUUUUGAGUAUGGCUACACAGCGAUCACCUAAAUUAUGGAUUUUAAUAUUCAUUUGCGUGCGUAAUUUCACGGAUGGAUGCGAAACCUACUUCAUAGCACCGACGGCUUGGUAUUAUAUCAAAUCCCUUGGGCAGAGUGAAAAAUUUCUAGCCCUAGUUUUAACUUCAUUCAAUCUAACUGCCGUCAUCAUAUCACCAAUAGUCGGAUACAUGGCGGAUCGUUUUGGACAUAUAAAAUUAUUAAUCGUUUUCACUUACGUCGUGAAAGUUUUGGGUAACCUGCUGUAUAGUAUCAAUGUAAGCGCAAUUUUCCCUUUAAUGGGCAGAACCGUUAGCGGUAUAGGGGAAAGUUCGUACGGGAUUCUUAUGGGGCAAGUUGCCCUUCAUACGAGCGAAGAAAAUCGUGCGGGAAUGUUUGUGUUUUUGGAAGCUACGUAUUGCCUGGGCACUGCAUUUGGCCCGGCGCUCGGCAGUUUCAUCACAUUUAAUGCUAAUAUCUUGGGUUGGGAAAUUGAUGCAGGGAAUUCACCUGGGAUCGUCUUGAUGUGCGUAUGGCUCGUAUCCUUAGUAGGAGCGCUUUUCUUACCCGGCGAUUUUGGAGAGAAAAGUGCCAUCGAAAAAGUGGAAGUCGAAAUGGUGACGUCAGCUACGAGUGAUACCGACGAUGACCGAACAUUGACCGACGAACACCGAAGACUGAGCGAAGAUGACCCGAAGCCAAGUAUUGAAUGCAACUCAAAAGUUUUAUGCCUAUUCUAUCUCAUCUUUUGGAACGAGUUUUUUUCAAGCACGGCAACAUUUUGUACUCCUCUGCUAGCCAUGGAACUGUUGCACCUGAAACUUAUUCACGUCAAAUUAUACUUCUUAAACAGUUCUUUAACGACAUUACUUUUAUUCAUUGUAAUGUACAUCGCUUCGGAUUAUUUUAAAGAACAGAAAAUAUUCUUGUUUUCAAUGGUCCUGCAGAUUGGCGCUAUAUCACUGCUAACAUCAUUUGCAUUCAGUUGGGAUCAUGUGUCCUAUGUUCACUACUACCUUCUGUUAUUUUACGUGUCGCUGGGAAUGCCUUACUUUGCAUUUUCCUCCGGUUCUUCCCUCAUGUCAAAAAUCACCGAUCCUAGGAACGCGGCGUUCUUCCAAGGCACUUCAUUCGCGACUGUACACUUGUCAAUCGUGGCGAGUCGUGUUACGGCGAGUUUUAUCUUUACAAAAAUUGGAUUGAUAUGUUUCAGUCUUGGACUCGCAUUCUUUUGGUUGGUCGGUGUGAUAUGGUACAGUGUACUGUAUCGCUCAUUUGAAACCACUGGUCAAAACUCAAAAUCUUAA